AACAGCGGGCACCGAGUCGUCUGGCAAGACAGUGGGCUCCGAGUCAACAGGCACGACAGUGGGCACUGGGUCAUCAGGUAUCGGAUUGUCUGGCUCGACAGCGGGCAUCGGGUCACCAGGUAUGACAGCGGGCACUGGGUCACCAGGCAUCAGGUCAUUUGGCUUGCCAGCGGGCACCGCGUCAUCUGGCACGGCAGUGGGCACCGGGUCACCAGGUACCGGAUCAUCUGGAUCAACAGCGGGCAUAGAGUCAACUGGCCUAAUAGGAUCGUCGGGCUGGAUCAGUUCAUCAUGCUGAGUAGCGGCAUCAGGCUGAAUGCAGGCAUCAGGCUGAAUGCAGGCAUCAGGCUGAAUAGAGGCAUCCGGCUGAGGAGAGGCAUCCGGCUGAGGAGAGGCAUCCGGCUGAGGAGAGGCAUCCGGCUGAGGAGAGAGGCAUCCGGCUGAGGAGGGCAUCCGGCUGAGGAGAGGCAUCCGGCUGAAGAGAGGCAUCCGGCUGAAGAGAGGCUUCAGGCCGAGUAGAGGCUUCAGGCCGAGUAGAGGCUUCAGGCUGAGUCACGGAAGGCAGGUUCACCGGUUUGGAUACUGGCA